UCCUGAGACAUGAUGUGACGGCAACGUCUGGAAAAAGGCUUUAUAUGAAAAGCAAAGCAUUAAGGAAAGCCCGUUUCAGCCACGCUUUCAUAAGAAAAAUCUGGAAACCUUAUUUCAUUUCACAUUAUAAUGAUGAUGAUAAUGAUAAUUAUAAUUAUAAUAACAAGGAAGGCGUUUUCAUCUCACAAAAAGUCACGCACGCACCAAUGCAUUAUAUUCUCAAGAAUCUUCUCCCCUCGCCCACUCCAUAAUUUUCCUUUUGAUUCUUACCCUCUUUGUUGUUGUUUUUUUUCUUUUUACUUUCUUUUCUCGGUCCUGUAACUUUGGAUACGCCUAAGUUCUUUUCCUUUCCUUUCCUUUCCUUUAUUGUCAGCAGUAUUACCAUGUGUGUUAAUGAUGCAGAGCAGGUGAGCCAAGAAAUGGAGGACCUUGAUGACAGCACCGGCAUAAAGCCUAGGCCUUCGCUUUCUCCCCUGCCUACGGUCACUGGCAGCAAUAGACUUGAAAGUAUAUCCGAGGAUGCAGUUGCCACAGAUAGAAAACAUGACCCGUUGACAAGUUUUAUCCCCACUCUCCGGUCUGGAGAGUGGUCCCACAUUGGGGAUCGCCCUUAUAUGGAGGAUACUCAUAUAUGCAUUGCAGACUUGGCUAAGAAUUUUGGUUGCAAUUUACUGAAUGAAGAAGCUGUUUCCUUCUAUGGUGUUUUCGAUGGGCACGGAGGGAAGGACGCAUCACAAUUCGUCCGUGAUCAUUUGCCUAGAGUUAUUGUUGAGGAUGCUGAUUUUCCCUUAGGACUAGAGAAAGCGGUCACCAGGUCAUUCAUGGAGACUGAUGCUGCAUUUGCGAAGUCUUGCUCUAUUGAGUCUGCCCAAGCUUCUGGCACUACUGCUCUCACUGCUAUGAUAUUUGGGAGGUCUUUACUUGUGGCAAAUGCUGGUGAUUCUAGGGCUGUACUAUCGCGGCUUGGAACAGCUAUAGAGAUGUCAAAGGAUCAUAGGCCCUGUUGCAUGAAAGAGAGGAGACGAAUCGAGUCUCUGGGCGGAUUCGUCGAUGAUGGUUAUCUUAAUGGCCAACUAGGCGUCACCCGGGCAUUAGGUGAUUGGCACCUCGAAGGCAUGAAGGAAGUGGGGGAGAGAAUAGGCCCUUUAAUUGCCGAACCAGAACUCAAAAUGAUAACAUUGACCAAGGAAGACGAGUUUUUGAUCAUUGGUAGUGACGGAAUAUGGGACGUUUUCACCACCCAAAAUGCCGUAGAUUUUACAAGGAGGCGACUCCAACAGCACAAUGAUGUCAAGUUGUGCUGCAAAGAAAUAGUCGAAGAAGCACUAAAAAGAGGAGCAACAGACAAUCUAACAGUUGUCUUAGUGGCUUUUCACCUGGAACCGCCUCUUCAUUCUAUCAUACAAAGGCCAAGGUUCAGGAGAAGUAUUUCUGCUGAAGGGCUUCAGAGUCUCAAAUGCCUCUUAGAAGGAUAAGUCCUAUAGAUGUUUAUUCAUCUCUCCAUACACGGCAUACAAAGGAGAAAACUAGUUAAUGAUUAUACUUGGCUGUUCUGGUAAAGAUCUUCCUGUGUAUAUACAUUCAUCAACAAAAGGAGAUUCGAAAUAAUCAAAUUAUGGAA